AAUUUAAAAAAAAUAUCCACAGCUCUGCUUCGAAUGGCUACAUUUAAUUGUAAUUAUUUGAUAUUUGUAAAUAUUAUACAGAAUUAGUGUGAAUGCGCUACGCGGGCAGUCAAUGUCACUCGCAAUUCUAAAAUAACUAUCUCCUGGCACCAAAUAUCUUUUAAAUCAUACGUAACUCAUAACUGCCAAGAAAACCUGAGGCUGUCAGUCAGAUUCUUAACAUUCUUGCUUCAUUAAAAUAGUUUGCAGUCAGUACUAUAGCUCACGUAUUUAUGUUCAAAAAGCUUUCAGUUUCAUUAAUAUUGUUUUCAUCUAUUUUUCCUUUCCCGUAUCUAUCACCUACCUUAUAAUGCUAACAGCACAAAAUGUUAAAAGUAUUGUGUGGCCACCUCCUCCAAAUGCUCCAGAAGAUGAACCACCCAAAUAUGAAGCGCUCAAUAGGAGUCCUAUGCAAAGAGAAUUGAAAACACGCCAAGUUAUAACACCCGAUAUGUCUAAUGAAGACGGCAAGGUUCAAAAAACCUCAAACAUUCAAAGAGAAAUAUUAUCUGCCGAACAAAAACGGGAAAUUUCAUCGAGUGUCUCCUACACUGCUGCGGUUUCUUCUGCAUCUUCGUCUUCUCACACUAAAUCCGAAUCUAUUUUGAAUAAUUCACAGGCCCAGAUUGUUCAAGAAACAACUAGUUGUGCUAUACAAUCCUUUUCACAGGAAUCCUCUUGUGUGAGCCAAAACCUUGUGUAUCAAACAUCUACAGGUUCUCAACAACCUCCUAAGAUUUAUGAAAGCAACGAAAAUAUUAAAAAAGCUGAAAUGUCUGUCAGUAAAGAAACUAGUGCAAUGGCAAUAAAAUCGUCAAAUGAUCAAAAUAUAAAUCUUUGUCAAGCGAAAGAUGCACUUUUCAAGCCGAACGCAGAAAACUCUGUAAAUCAAACUUCUAAUACUCAAGAAGACCAGAAAAUGUUUCUUAAUGAAGAUAAUUUGUUAAAAACCGUGUCAAACCAAUUUAUCCAUGAAAAACAAAUCGCUGAAAAAUAUAAUAGUAAUACUGAAGUUAUGAAUUCAACAAGAAAUGAAAUUGGUUCGUUUGCUGAGACACAGAAUCCUAUGCAGAUCUCGUCAAAUGAUAAAAACAGACAAUUACAAGAAACUGUUAAAGAAACUAUGACAGAAGCAUUGACCAUCGCACCGAACAGGCCUUAUUCGCCAUUGCCUGUACCUCAGCCACUAAACGUAAAAACAGAACUUUAUCAUCAGGAAAAAAAUGAACAUCUAUCAAAUAAAACAAUUCAGUACACAUCGGUUCAACAAAAUCAGAAUCUUCCGAAUCAACCAUCUCCUAUAUUUACUCAACAACCCAAACGUGCUAUUACACCCAUUCCGCCUAUUAAAACAUAUAAUCCACCUGAGAAGGUUGAAACACCAAUUGCGAUGCCUCCCGAAACCACCCCAUAUAUUCCUGAAGAUUUCAAAAUAACCGUGGAACCGAGAGUAGAGCGUGAGGCAACAUCUUCUCCAUUUGUGGAAGCCUUAACUACUGCUCCUGAACGUCCGUACACACCUGUUAAUAUAAAUGCUGCAUCUAUUGAAAGAGGUUCUUUAAGAGAUGCCCUUACAAUCGCUCCAGAUCGACCCUAUAGUCCUCUUCCCGUAAAUAUAGCAAAUCAAUUUAAUCACACAUCCACAUCAAGUCUACACGUACAAACUGCAGCUUCUGAAAUUGUCAAACCCGUCGCAACACAAUCUUUCAAUAAUCAAGUAGUAUCAGAUCAAAUGAACACUGAAUUUUCGAAUAUGCAAAAUACAUAUAAUUUACAAUCUUCGUCGGAGAUGUCGGCAUUUAAGCCUGUCAGCAAGCAAAUUUUGAUGCCUCCCCAAACACAAGAUACUUCUCACUAUUCUAAUGUAAUAUCAGAAAGAAACAUACAAGAAACAACAAUGUCUGAAUCAACAAUAAUGCAACAAUCAGCUUUUAAAACUAGCAGUGGGUUUUCUUCUGUAAAAUCUGCGCAAAAUUACUUUGAACAUCUAGAUAAAAAAGAAACACUGUCAUCGUCGGCGGUGAGGUCUAUAUCUGGUUUACAUAAACCAGAUAACAUACCGUUAUAUCAAAAGAAUUUUGAAAAACUUCCAUCUCAAAGAGGUAUAUCACCAGAUAUGUACAAAGAAAAGCCAGUUUUGCAAAGGCCAGUAACACCAUCAACUGAUCCACCAAAUAAGCAAAGAGAUAAAUCUAAGGAGCCUAAAGAUUCAUCUCAGAAGUAUCCAGAAGUUUCCACUGCUAAGAUUCCACAAAACCAAACACCUAUAUAUCAAAUACAACCACAGACACCACUGCAGUUCCACAAAGAUACUCCUAUUACUAUGACAUUUCAACCUGUUACUGAUGAUAAUUUCAUGAGAAAUUCACCUAUUCGCAGUCGGCCUUCAACACCAAGUUUGAUUAAUAAACCGGCACCAAUUAUUCCUCACUAUCAAAUGAAUUUGGUUACUGUAGAACAUUUGGCAACAGAAAGUCAUUUAUAUGAUCCUUCUAGUCCUGAAGCAAGCCGCUCACCUACUCCUAAACCUAGGUCUCGAUCUCCAGCACCAGGCCCUCCUCCAAAUCCUUUAAAAGCUCAAGCACCUCGUAUCAGAGAACCUGCACACUCGCAUUCAUUACUGACUCAAGCGACGGCAAAUUUGCGAAAAGAACACGAAUCUCAACAAAAACAAAGUCUUAAUGUUGAAUUCCAAGAUAGAUCUUGCGAAAAGAAGUUUGUGUCUGAUCCAUCGAGUAUGAUAAAAGAACAAACUCAAUCAAAUUUCGGGUACAAAAGUGAAAAUUACGCAAAAGGAGACAUUUCUAUUAAAGAAGAUUCAAUGAUGGCUCAAAAUUUUGGACAACGACAGAUGCAGUCACAAAAUGUUUCUGAAUUCGGGCACACUACUGUUCAGACAACAAGAAAAACUUUUGAAGAAUUCGAACGGACACAGUCAGCUAAGACGAUUGAAAUUCGUAAAGGGGGUUCAUCUUUUGGCGAUCAACAAUUUUUAAACUCUAAUAUCCACCCCUCAGCAAUAAACGCUAAACCUGUGUUUCCACCUCCCGCUAUGACUUUACCUACCCAAGAAAUGUUAUCUGUCAAUUCAUCUAAUUAUCUUAAUAACGAAAAUAAUGCAACUGCUAGUAGAAACACAGGCAUUUAUAAGCCAAAACCUUUGAAUUCUGGUGCUAACCAAGGUCCAGUGUGUGAUCCUACCCCGUCAACAGGUUCCAGUGUAGGAGCUGCCACACGUGGUAAAACUUUUGGGGUAUCAUCGGCACCAAAACGAGGAAGGGGAAUAUUGAAUAAGCCUGCCCUGCCCGGCUCUCGUGUGCCACUUUGCGCAUCUUGUAAUGGAAACAUUAGAGGUCCAUUCAUCACGGCUCUUGGACGCAUAUGGUGCCCCGAGCACUUCAUCUGCGUGAAUGCAACAUGCAGACGUCCUCUGCAGGAUAUCGGAUUCGUCGAAGAGAACGGACAGCUCUACUGUGAAUUCUGUUUUGAGCAAUACAUAGCACCCGCCUGUGACAAAUGUCAUGCUAAAAUUAAAGGCGACUGUUUAAACGCCAUCGGUAAACACUUCCAUCCAGAGUGCUUCAACUGCGUCUAUUGCGGAAAGUUGUUCGGAAACAACCCGUUCUUCUUAGAAGACGGACUGCCAUACUGCGAAGCAGAUUGGAAUGAGCUCUUUACAACAAAAUGUUUCGCUUGCGGAUUCCCCGUGGAGGCGGGCGACAGGUGGGUCGAGGCGCUCAACAAUAACUACCACAGUCAGUGCUUCAACUGCACGGUGUGUAAAAAGAACCUCGAAGGACAGAGCUUCUUCGCCAAGGGAGGUCGGCCUUUCUGUAAAACACACGCCCGUUAAAAGUCCAAUAAAAAUAAUCUACAACUCGGACACUGUUUACUCGACUACUACUUUUCGUCCGGUUUCGCCGUUGCCAAUCACGCCGCCGGCGGUCGGCACGCCGUCGCCACAGAGAACUAGGAAGUUGGAAACACCCCUCCACUUCGAUGGAGGACUGUUUUCCGACAUAAGAAGUACAGACGGAAAAUUACUUAGCAAAGUAACGGUCGAUAGGGUGCAGCGUUCCACACACCAUGACGUCAUCGACUCCCCGAGUACUGUUGAGGUGCACGACAAAAAUUACGUCGACGAUAUAAUAAAAUCCGAAACUAUAAUAAAUCAAGACAUCAUAACGGUCAAAUUCACGCCGGUCCCACCGGAAUUCGAUUCCCAAAUGAUAAGUCCGCAACUGGCCAAACGGUCCAAAACACCAAUUCAAUAUCUCAAGGAUGACUUUGUUGAUUUGCAAAGUUACAAAAUUGUGAAUUCUUUAUGCAAAGAAAAACUAUUAGAAGCUGAUGCUUUACGAACACAAUCUGCACAAGAUUUGAUCACAUUAGAACCAACUGAAGUCGAAAGUAGUACUCUAGCCAAGUUUGUAAGGUCUGUGAGUCAACAAAAGCAAAUUAGCUGCAGUGACAGUGAUCCAAUAGGCCAAGAAAUUAAUUCGAUACCAAUUAAAACGGAGUCGGAUUCUUUAACAAGUUUAGUUGAAAAAUCGAUCAAAACUGGAACUGUAAGUGAAAAUCGAGAGCUCGAUCACUUUUUGAAUACGGACUUGUCAAAAAUCGAGAGGAGCCUUAGUCCUUUGCCAAAUUUCUUGAUCACCGAACAUUUGACAAAAAUUAACAGUUACUUGCAGGAGAGCCUUGACGUCUGCAGUGGCAACGAUAGCAAUAAUCGGUGCACUCCGUCCAUUAUACACGAUAAUGUGGAAACGAAACAUGAAUACUUUAGUGAGGCAUUUGAUUGCGUAAAUGUGCAGCAGAAUAUUCCUGCAAAUAGUGUUUUGGACAGUUCUCAAACGGAAGAGAAUUCUGUUGAUUCUCAGAACAAUCGAUCACUUACCGCACGCAAGAAUUCUGAAUAUACAGACCCUAAGAAAAGUAAGUCCACAUUAAACAGUGUCCGCCGGGGACGCCCUUCGAUUUUGAACGCUAUAUCAAACAUGCCGAUACAUUAUCACGCAGCGAUUUUGUGUAUUUUCUUAAUUGUAUAUAACCUUAUAUACCAAUAUAUUAAAUUAAAUUGUCCAGGUAAUAAAAUAUAAUAUAGGUUUUAAGAUUGUUCAACGGAAUUGUAUGCGUUAAACUAGUCAUUGCAAAACUAUUCAUACGUGUUAUAUCUAUUAGCAAAUGUAUUAAUUUUAGAUCAGGAUGUAAAUAGUCACAUAACAGCUCCCGCGUUAUAAUUUAACUAAAUUUAUCUAAAAUUAACAUUAUGGCGCUUUUCUCACAAUUGUGACGAUUGACAAUCCCUUCAUAUAAGCUUUGUAAACAGCUUCGGAAUGUUUAAAAAAUAUAUACUAACUUUAACAUCUGUAAGUUUAUUACAUUUUUUUACAAUUCAUAAUUUAUUUAUUGGUGCACCAAUCUCAUUUUGAAAUUCAUAUUAUCUUCAAUGGAAUUGUUCUAUCGAAAUUUAUGGCUAAGAUGCCUACUUGUAACGAAUUUUAAGAAUUAAAUUAAAUUUAUCAAACAACUGUUGUUCGACAGUUACUGUCCUAGAGUACCUAAUCCUAAGUACAUUAUAUACUUUUUAUAUGAAUUUAGAUAUACAAACUUUACAGCAUUAUCUAUCACAUUUUAUGAUUAUGUGAGCUUAAUAAAGUAUUUAAUUUUAUAA